GCAUUUGAGUUUAUGUCAAAUUCCAAACAAAAAUAUCAACAUUGAGGUUAUGCAGCAGUUUUGACUUGACCGAACGACAUUUGAAAAAAAGAAAUAUUUUGAAACAAAACCGAAUUUUGUGCACGAAAAUGAAUUUUCUCGACCAAAAUUGCUCCUCAUUUUCAAACUAGAUAUGAUCACCGGUCACAUUUAAUAUUCGUUUUCCGGAAAGAAAUAUUGCCCAUUUUGAUGAUCGUUGAUUGUUUACCACUCUAUCCGAAAGUGAUUUCGGUUCGAUGUUUGUUUUGUUUAUAAAUCGUUUGCGUGAAGCAAUUGCAAAGCAACAUGGACCACCUGCCAGAUGAAAUAAAGGGUGUACGGCAACGUAAAAAGCAAUCCGAACCAAUUCGAUGUCCAGUUUGUAGCAUUACAGUGCGUCCCAACGAGAUGGAAUAUCACAUUUCGUUGGAAAUCGAACGGCUGCAGAAGAUUCAUAACACGGGCAAUCGUAGCAAGAAAAUACCAAACAACAACAAAGACACGCCGAGCUGUUCGACGGCGGCAAACAAUUCGGAACCGACCGAUCCGAAGGAAUGCUGGAGCACAUAUCAAAAGAUAAAAAACAACAGACAAGCUAGACUGAAGGUAAAGACACGCAAGAGAAAGGCGGAUGCAGAUGGUAUCCAUUGUCCCGUUUGUAACGAAACCACUGCUGACGACAUAAACGUUCACGUCGAAAUCUGCUUGCGACGCAACGAAGGCAGUAACAAUGGGACUGGCAGCGACGAUGAAAGUAUUGAUGUGGAAGCUGAAUCGUAUGAUGAAUAUGAAUGGGCUGGUCAAACUCGGAUCAGAGCAUCGAGCAUGCUGGAAGGCGGCUAUUCGGGAGCAGGUCUGGGAACAUCGCUUGUCAAUUCAACCAAUGCCGACGAGGAUGAAGACUUGAAUGUGGACGGUGAUGAUACACAGAUUUAUGGACAGUCACAGUAUUCCGAACGUGAUGUCAUCGUUCCGGCCGCUACAACCAAUAAGGAAAAUAAUGAAAAUCUGUAUCUGCGACAAUUGGUGGUGGGCGAAGACCUGAUCCGACCCGACCAACAGGGGUCGUCAUCUCGAAAUGUAGAUGAAAAUGACGAUGAUGAUGAUGACGAAAUGAACGGCAAUUCGGCCGAAUCGACAGAUGCCAGGGCCGACAUAGCCGGUGAAUCAUCAUCGAGCGGUGCGAUUGAAUGCAGUAGUAGUGGUCCGAAGACCGGUCACCAUCAAAUCAUCGAAUCGUUGAAAGAGAAAAUUCGCGAAUAUGAAACGCUGAAAAACAAUAAGUCGUGCAAGUGUCUCAUUUGUAUGGAUUCGUACGUGGACCCGGUGGUGUCAAUUUGUUGUUGGCAUACAUACUGUGAAAAAUGCUGGCUGCAAACUCUCGGAGCGAGGAAAUUGUGUCCGCAGUGUAAUAUGAUAACAUCACCCAGUGACUUGAGGCGCAUUUACAUGUGAUGUUGUUCGAAAAUAAUGAAAUGAAAAUUGAAAAACCGCGAGAAAUAGAAACUUUACGAUUAUUUUUAUAAAAAUGAAUGAGAGGAGGAGGAGGAGGAUGGAAGGCAUUUAUGUAUGCUAUUAACAUUAAGUUACACAAUAAAUGAUAGUCGAUGAAAA